UUUUUAAACAAUCUAGGCGUGCUUCUGGACUGCUUUAUUUUAUUUCAAACAAGUUUCCAUUAUAUUUUAUUUAUCUUUCAUUUUGGUAAAUAUGUUAGAAAUUUGAAUAUUUCUCACUCCUUUUCGGUGAAGCCCAUGAAUAGAAAACUUCUAAGAAGAAGAGAAUAGCAUGAAAAUUAGCGGACCAAAGGAAUCAAAACCAGUUCCUCUGACCAACAAAAUGACCUAAUUGCUAGAAACAAUAACUCUCUUUGAGAAGGAAACACCCAAAAGAAAAAACCCAAGAAAAUAAUAAUAACUUAUUUAAUUCUUGAAAAAAAAGAAAAAAAAGAUUAUCCAUCCACUUGUGUUAUUAAGUAGUGAUGGAAACCUUCCCAACAGGUAGUUCUCAACUAACUAACUUGACUUCUCUUAUUAGAUUAAUUAAAAAUAAAAAAUUGUUACAUACGCAAUAAGCAUAACCCCAUGGCCAGCUAAUUCAUUACCUUUGCCUUUGGCUUUUAAAGCAUAAAAGAAAAGAUAUCCCUUUUGAAGCUGAACCCACCCCCCACCGCCGCCGUCCGCCGCCGUCCGCCGUCUGCUGUCCUCUCCCCUCUCCCAACAACCAAUGAACCCUCGAGCUUAUGUGUUAAUCUUCUUCUUCUGGUCUCUCCUCACCAUCCUCACUCCCGCCCUCCUCCUCCUCUCCGACACUUCGAAUCCCUCAUCGGUCACCGGUCAACUCCCCUUUAAUGGCGAAAAUGGAGGGUUUCAAAUGAGUAGAAAAGUUGUGGGGUUGACCAGAAAAUUUCAGAUGUUGAAAGUUUUGGCUGAACAACAAACCACACCGCCGAUGAUUCCCACUCCCAUUACAGCCCCGUCGCUGUCGCCGUCUCCGACUACGCCUCCGGGUGCCGCCGUUCCGGUUCGGAGGUUCAUGGCUGGUGCUGGGAAAGUCAUAUUGACAAUGUUGAAGGGAUUGGAAGAGGCACAGUAAUUAAGGCUGGUAGGAUAUAAUUCAGUCUCUGAAUAUUUUAUUUAUUUUAAAAUUAAAAAAAAAAUCACCAUAUUGUUUGUUGGAAAAAUAAAAAUUAUUUUGAC